AAAUAAAAUCCUAUAAAUUAAUACAAAGAUACCCACCAACCCUCCGGUGCUAGUGUUCAAAUAUAAAAUGAAACUUAAUAAGAAGUUGGAGUCGUACAUAAAGUGAGGAGUGUAGUUUGUUACAGUUCGUAUCCUGCUUUGCAAGGGAAGCUUUUUAAAGGGUUUUGUUUUUUUAUUUUAUUUUUUUGUUUACAUUCACUUUUUCUUCUCUUGAUCUUAAUAAUGGCUACAAGAUUGUUGUGGGCUUCCAGGGCUGCUUCUUACUUCAGGAUCUCUGUUUUCCACAGAGGAUUCUCUUCUGUUGUAAAAGAUCUGAAGUAUGCAGACUCUCACGAGUGGGUGAAAGUAGAUGGUAAUUCUGCUACUGUUGGUAUAACCGACCAUGCUCAAGAUCAUUUGGGCGAUGUUGUGUAUGUUGAAUUACCAGAGGUGGGUGCUGCUGUAACACAGGGAAACAGUUUUGGUGCAGUUGAAAGUGUUAAGGCUACUAGCGAUAUCAAUUCUCCUGUUUCAGGAAAAGUGGUUGAAGUCAAUGAAAAGCUGAAUGGCUCCCCUGGAUUGGUUAACUCAAGCCCUUAUGACAAAGGAUGGAUCAUAAAGGUUAAUAUCAGUGAUGUUGGCGAGCUAAAGAACUUGAAGGAUUCGGAUGAGUAUUUGAAGUUCUGUGAAGAAGAAGAUGCGCACUGAGUGGACCCUAUUUUCAUGUAAUUGUAGGCACUCAUUGCGAAGAGCCCACUACCUCUGGUUCCUAUGAUACGCAUUUCUGUCUUGAUAUUUUUAUCGAGCCAUGUGUUUUCUCAAUUCCCUUUGUUGCGAAUGAUAAAGGAUCAAUAGACCCUGCCCCUCGAACAUUGAAAAUAAUCCCCAGAUUUGCAUCAAUGUCGAAUCGACCAGGCAGUUGUCAAAAUUGUUAGUCAUUGAGUUUUGGUUAUUUGGUUUUCUGCAAAAUGUUCAGGAGGCAAGAAGCACAAGUUCUGGAUA